AUGGCCCUCAAAAACGUCUUCUCGUUCGCCACCCAGCCCUUCGACCCCACGAACCGCUUCGCAACAUCAUGGCUGCUCCCGCCCUGGAUGCUCCUCGCCUGCCGGGCCCUGAUUAGCGUCUACAUCUUCACGACGCUCUUCUUCAUCAUGGGCUACACGUGCGCCCACGCCUCGCUGGGCGGCUGCCUCACCGUGCGCCGCUCCUUCUCCUACUUCACCGUCAUCACCUACUGGGGCCUGGGCUUCUACUUUGCCGCCGCGUCCGUCCACACGCUCACGUACAUGGUGCGCGGCGGGCGGCCGCUGCUCGCCUCGUUCCCGCGGCCCCUGCAGGCCCUCCACUCGCUCUUCUACACGUCCAUUGUCACGCUGCCGUUUCUCGUGACGGCCGUCUACUGGGCCGUGCUGUACAAGGCGCCCUGGUUCGAGCUGCCCUUUGACGGGUGGCACAAUGUCUCGCAGCACGCGCUCAACUCGCUGUUUGCGCUGUUCGAGGUGCUUGCCGCGAGGACCGAGGCCAUGCCGUGGGUGCAUCUGGUGUGGCUGAUUGCCAUAUUGCUGGGCUAUCUAGGGGUUGCCUUCAUCACCCUCGCCACCCAGGGCUGGUACACGUAUAGCUUUUUGGACCACGACAAGGUCGGCGGGAGGGGCUACGUGGCUGCGUAUGUGUUUGGCAUAGCCGUGGGCAUCGUCGUUAUUUUUGUCGUCGUGUGGGCUGUCGUUUGGCUGAGGAAGUGGGUGACGGAGGCUAAGAUGGGUAGGAUGGGCAGGUUUGUUGUCGAGAGGAGGGUGGAUGUGGAAAUGAGUCCAGUCAAAGAGGGCGAGUAG